AUGUGGAACACCCUAAAAGAGAGAUAUUUGUUAGAGAGCAACGAAAAAGCAGCUCUUGAAAGUGAAAUGGAGACGCUACAAAGAAAUUUAACUCGAGUAACAAAUGAAAAGGUGGUUGCUCUUAUGGAAUUGGCACAAUUGAAGCAGGAAUACCAUCUACUACAAGAGAAACUCAAUGAGGAUAAGCUUGUAAUUGAUAAAGAAGAGAAAAACAUGAUUCAUGAUAAAGAUGGAAGAUUAAAAAGUUUGUUAAAAAAGACAUACUUUAGCGAGUGCUUUUAUCCUCAACAAGAUUAUGCACAAAAUAUCAGCAAGAACAGUUCUAGUGCUACCACGGAUUUUGCAAAAAUGAAGGUUGAAUAUAUAUCACACAUGGAGAGCUUGAAAAGCAUGGAACAUUUAGCUAGUACAGUUCGUAGACUUCGUUUGUCACUCAUUAAGGUUAAAGAAUCUGUUUCAGUAUCAAAUACAGUUUCAGACAUUAUUGAAAAUGUUGAGACAGAGGCAAAGCUUUUAAAGACGGCUUGUGUUCCUGUAAGUUGGUCAGAUGAGUUGGAUACAAGUGAGGGGAAAGUUGAUGUCGUGUCAGCAGCUGGUUUUGAGAUGGUGGAGUUGCUUAUUUUAGCCACACAACUAUUAAAAAGCUCGAUGUCUUGAAACGGACAGAUAGAUAGAUAGAUAAUAAAUUGGUUUGUGGUUUGAUGGUGAAUAGUUUGUAUAGACAUAUCCUUUGGUCCAUGUUUAUAUUUUUUUUGUGUGCUAAU